CUCAGGGCCACAGUCCCCUUCCAGCUGCAGCAGCCGCACCAGCGCCGGGACGGGGGUGGCCGUGCAGCUUGAGUUUGGCCCCAGCAUCCCACUCUACAGCUCUGGAGUUCCUUUCUCCACCACUUCACCACUUCACGUGCGCUUCCCUUUAUGCCACCUUCUGGAGCAGAUUGUAUCACAGCCGGUUGGAAUAAGUUAGUUUAACGUAACUUAGUGUAUGGUGAGUGUGGAGAAACUAAGGAGGAGCAAGCUGAACCUUGCUUUCACACUCAAAGCUGUGAGGGGACCCACAAAUGCAGUCACUUAGAAACGGAAAAGGAACCUACUUGUGUGAAGAGGUUGGCAGUAAGUUGAAAAUGAAACAAAUGACACCUGGAGAAUUUAUGGGACUCCUCUGAGUUUACCUAACACUGGGGAAGAGGCAGAAUUUGGGCUCAGAGGAGAAGCCUUUUAUUUACCUGACUGAUAAAAGAAGCUCCUGAUUUUUGAACCAGAUCCAAAGCCCAUCCAUCGCAUAUGGGGGAAGAUGGUGUCACCUUCCAGUGAUAUAUGUUGUCACACCCUCCUCUGCUUCUGGAAGCCCAUGUGGAGAGCCAGUGUCCCAUGUUCGGUGGCCCCAGAAAAGUCAGUGUAUAGGCCUCAGCCACCCCAGGUCCGACGAACAUUCUCCCUGGACACCAUCCUCACUUCCUACCUUCUGGGCCAGUGGCCACGGGAUACCGAUGGGGCCUUCACCUGCUGUACCAAUGACAAGGCCACCCAGACACCCCUGUCCUGGCAAGAGCCGGAAUGUGAGCGGAUCAGCUCCUCCACCCACAAGCGCUCAGCAUCCUGGGGUAGCACAGACCACCGAAAAGAGAUCACCAAAUUGAAGCAACAAUUGCAGAGGACGAAGCUGAGCCGCAGUGGGAGGGAGAAGGAACGGGGUUCUCCCAUCCAAGGGGACCAUGCUGUGCGGGGAUCGGUGAGAAUGGCCUCUCCUAGCUUCUCCUCAGGAUCCCCUGUCUUGCGACUUAGCCCCUGUCUGCACAAGAGCCUAGAAGGACUCAACCAAGAGCUGGAGGAGGUGUUUGUGAAGGAGCAGGGUGAAGAGGAGCUUCUGAGAAUUCUUGAAGUCCCUGAUGGGCAUCGGGCACCGGCUCCUCUGCAGAGGGACAGCUGCGAUCAUCCUCUCCUCCUCCUGGAGCCAGGCAACCUUGCCAGUUCUCCCUCCACAGCCCUGGCAUCCCCCCAGCCUUCUGGGCAGGCUAGUCUUGAGGAGCUGGCAUCCUUCCCCAGUGACAAAGCUUCCUCUCUGGGUCACCCAGCCUUCCUUGAAGAUGGCAGCCCGUCUCCAGUCCUUGCCUUUGCUGCCUCCCCUCGGCCCAAUCACAGCUACGUCUUCAAACGGGAGCCCCCAGAAGGCUGUGAGAGAGUGCGUGUGUUUGAAGAGGCCACGUCCCCAGGUCCUGAUCUGGCCUUUCUGACUUCCUGUCCUGACAAGAACAAAGUCCAUUUCAAUCCGACCGGCUCAGCCUUCUGCCCUGUCAGUUUGAUGAAGCCCCUCUUCCCCAGCAUGGGUUUCAUCUUCCGCAACUGCCCCUCAAAUCCGGGAUCUCCUCUUCCUCCUGCCAGCCCCAGAGCACCACUUCGGAAGGAUCCAGAGGCUUCCAAGGCCUCCCCACUGCCAUUCGAGCCAUGGCAGCACAACCCGCCAUCAGAAGAGUCUGUACUUUUCCAGAGCUCCUUGGUAGUCUGAGGGGACCCCCUCCACACAUACACAUACUCUGCUACGGAGACCAGUGCCUUGGUGGCAGGCCUUUCUUUAGCUCCCUGAGUUGAGGGAUGGGAAGGCCUUUCCCUCUCGACCUUCGAGCACUUUCGUUUAUUGUGUCAAAGCCCUGAGUCCUCUUUCUGAUGGAUAUGAGCCUCUCUGAAUGUGAGGGGACUUGCUUCCUCCAUUAGCAGCUGGGCAACUCAAAACUCAACACCUGUGUACCUGCCACUUCCCUCAUUUGAUGGAAACUCACCUAGGUCCUGAGUCCCCCACCCCAGGGUGUGAGUCCAGUUGAAUUAGAGUAGGCUCUUGCUGGCAUGGAGCAGGCUGGCUGUGACUGAGGGGGAGGGGAUGUCACAGCUUUCUUCCUACUCCACCUCUAGAGACACAGAAGAGCAGACCAGAAGAUAAGUACCCAUCCUCAUGCCUCCCUCCUCUUGGAGACUGACCAAAGCGGCCCUAAAGGGCCAUAACACUUGACCAAUUCAGCUGCUGGCAGUGCGGGGAACCAAAUGUUUUCCCAAGUGGCAUUUCAUCUCACCCUCACCCUGACUAAAGAUUGUCUUAAGCAGUAGCCCAGCUCCCCGGUGUGUGGUGGAGGAAGAGGGAGAGCGAGUGUUCCUUCAGGUGACAGUGGUAGCUCCAAACCCUCCACCGGUCCCAGGGCUAGGCUGGAUUAGAAAAAUGCCUAUUUUUCUUGUAUCGAUGUAGAACUCUAUUUUCUCCCAAAGACACUAUUUUUGCAGCUGUUUGAAGUUUGUAUAUUUCCAUAUUGCAGAGCUUACACACAAUUGAAGAAUGUUAAUGUUUGAGUUUUCUUAUCUUGUGUUUAGAAGUUGUUGUUGGUUUUUUUGUGUGUGUGCAGAUCUUGUUAAUAGACCAAAUAAAUAAGGAUU